GAUCAUAACCUUUAUAUAAAUGACGAGCGCCGAUCUCACUGUGAUUCUGCAAUAAAAUACGUCGGCUCUCUCUUGAAAACAUUAAGUCGUUGAGAGAAAAAUAGCUCAAUCACCAUCGUUGUUGAUAUAUCUCUAAGGAGAAAACCCAGCCGUACUUGUCGUGACGACAUGGGUGCCCUUGGAACCAUUGCCCGGAGCUUCGAUGCCUUAAUCGGGCCAGGAGUGAUGCUUCUUUUCCCCUUGUACGCAUCGAUGCGAGCAAUAGAGAGCCCAUCGACGCUAGACGAUCAGCAGUGGCUCACCUACUGGGUCCUAUACUCCUUCAUAACCCUCUUCGAGCUAUCUUUCUGGAAAAUCCUAGCUUGGCUACCAUUCUGGCCAUACGUGAAGCUAUUGUUUUGCAUGUGGUUGGUACUGCCGAUAUUCAACGGGGCGGCCUACCUCUACGAGAACGUGGUGAGGAAGUACAUUAAGAUCGGAGGGUACGUCGGUUCCAACUACUCCGACAGCCAGAAGAGGGUCCUCCAGAUGAUGAGCCUCGAUGCUCGUAAGUCUGUGGAGAGCUUCAUCGAGCGUUACGGUCCCGAUGCCUUCGAUCGGGUUGUAAAAGCCGCGGAAAAGGAAGCGAAGAAGCAUAAGGAGAUAUGAUAUGGACAUAUCUCACGACUUACCUAGAGCAUAUAUUUAUAUAUAUAUAUAUAUAUAUAUAUGUUCGGAAGAGAUUGAAAAGCUGUUUGUGUAUAAUAUAUGAGUGGGCAAAUUUUAUGCCCCCGGCGUACGUAUUUCUUGUGGGAUUGUGUGUAAUGUACGCAUCUCCUUUGCAGUUAUACUGGAUAGUACCAGAACAGGUUAAUGAAUUGUGAGAUUCAUCGCUUUCUUUAUGGCAUGCAUGCAUGCGCGUUUAUAUCAUAUGCGUAGAAGUAUAUAUAUAGACACAAUACCUACAUAUAAUAAGGAAUUUCUAAUAUUCAUGGCAGAUUGUUAAUUAGUUGUCAA